AUGGACGCUAAUAAUCCCCUACAACAAUCUUCUUCUUCCCUUCACCCAACUGCACCAGCUUCUCACGCUAAUCCGGAACCGGGGAAGAAGGAUGUUGAUUCUGAAAUCGAUGUUGAUCAAAGCGUGGUAAAUGCAGCGCUUGAUGCACUUGCCAGUGCAAUCAAAAAUGCAACCACUUCAAUGACUAGUGUUCCAAAGCCAAUCAAAUAUCUGAAAGACCAUUAUUCCCAACUUCGGAAUUUGCAUGAUGGAAAGCAGGUGGCAAUGGACCACUCAAAUCAGGCAAAGCUUUCCGAUAUUUUGUCUGUGCUUAGCAUGGCAUAUGGGGAACAGGAUCAGCGUUUGACCCUCCAUUACCGGAUGCACGGAGCCUCUGCGGAAGCACCCGGCGCUUGGGGCCACGAAUAUGUCAGAUGUGUUGGUUAUGAGGCAUCUCCUGAUGAUGAAAAGCUGCUUCGAGUAAUACAUGGAGUCUACCGUAAAGUCAAGGAUGUGCCAAAGGCAAUGCUGAUUGCUUUACGCCUGGGGGAUCUACAGGCCAUCCAAGAAGAUUUCACAAAUGCCGAAAAGCAGCUUUCCUUUAUGCUGGCCCGUGAGCGCAUAAUUCCAGACGUAUCUCAUUGUAUGGAUGAAACGGAAGAACGGGAACUAAUGCAGAUUUUAACAAAUUCAAAGCUUUCACAUUUCUUUAGCAUCUUGGCUUCCGAGUUUAAGGUCACAGAGCCCAAAAGCCCAGAAGAAGUCUACAAGCGUCAUUUAGAAAAUCCGGGAAGAUUUUCAUCUCUUCUCGUACCUGCUGAUCCUGCUAAAGAAGAUCUGGCUUCUAUUUUUGUCAAUGGACUUUUAAAUGCCGGAUUUGGGAGUGACAAGCUGAUUCUUGGAGCGGAGGGAGAAUCACGACUGUUGCAGGCUCGGGGAAAUGAAUCGGGGGAUGCAAAUGCGGGCGCUCUUUUGGCGAUUGGGAUCGUUUCUUGUAACGUGGAAAAUGAAGCUGAGCCAGCCAUGGCCUUACUUUCAGAAUCCCUUUCACCCGGCAUCGAUCACAACAUUCGGAUGUCUGCCAUCAUUGGAAAAGAACCACUGCUUCAUGUACUUCUUCCUCUUUUGGAUGUUUCUGAGGAUUCCCCUCUCAAUUUGGAGAUCCUUGGUUUGGCUUCUCUUGCAUUGGGGCUGAUUUUCGGUGGCAGUGGAAAUCCAGAGAUUACCUCAACCAUAAUACAGAGCCUGAUGAGCUUGCAAGAAAGCGAAUUGGAGCAUCCAUUUGUGCAGCUUAUGUUGCUUGGACUGUCCUUCCUUUUCCUUUCCCGCUCUUCUGAAUAUUAUGUCGACGAAAAAAGCAGUGUUGAUAGCGACGAUAUGAUUGACGUCGUUCUUGAAUCGAUUCGUGUGAUUUCGCAUGCUCCUACGGUAAAACAGGCCGAGACUCUUAUCAUGAUGAUGUCCUAUGCCGGGUCUGGAAAUGUAUUGAAAAUCCAAGAGGCAGUUACGUCUCUUUGUUUACAAAACAAGAGCCAAAAAGAGCAGCAAGAUGCAAAAAAUGAGCACCCAGAUCCGGGUCAUGGAAGACCAUAUGCUGUCAUUGCUCUUGCCGCUAUUGCAAUGGGAGAAGAGAUCGGUACUGAGAUGUCAUUUAGGCUUCUUGGGCAUUUGGUAUUUGCUGCUGUUUGA